CACGCCUAACCUCAUCCGUCCAUUACACCCACAACGACAACGCCCGAAGAAGGCUGCGAGCUGCUUCGGGUUUGCUUAAACACCUGACCAAACCACCCUCUGGAGGAUUAUUCUUCGAAAACAGAACAACUCUCCGCAGGCCAAACACGCCAUCAUGAGCUUCUAUCAAUUCGACUCUGAAUCCGUCUCCGAUCCCGAUAACUCCAAUUACACGCCUACUGCAACCUCCGAAAACGUUACCGCAGAUGUCCUAGAAAAUCACGACCUAUCCAGCGGUGUCCCUUCGCAUGAUUUCACCGUUAUCAUCCGCUCUAUCUCGUCGGGAUAUGUAAUUACACUACUUGACGGCCAGGUUGUACUGGCGCCACCAGGCGGCCAAGGCUCCAUCCACUGGAAGUGUGUGGAAACCGAAGGUUGGAUCGGUUUCCGAAAUCCCAUUUCGAAUAGGUUUCUGUGUCACGAUUGGAGCGGAAGACUAAAGUGCUCGGCAGAACAGCAUAAUGGAUGGAGGCACUUUACCAUCACUCCGAUGCCAAAUGGAGGUUAUAUCAUGCAGAUGUUGCACUGGUGGACACUUCGCCCCAUAGUGAUUAAUGCAGAAGAAGGGCUGCAGAAGAUAGGGAGAAAUGGGAAUAAGUUAUCUGAGGGAAUCAUCUGGGAAUUUAUAAAGGUUGGAUAGGACUGGAACUUGGUGGGAUAAACUGCAACUGUGCGUGAACAGGGCAGGGUCUUCCACGCGAUAGAGUUUCUAACUAGCCCAGCACCUUUGAUUUCUUAUGCUGGAGGCGGGCAUGUAGG